AUGACUUCUUUGGAGGCCCUAAUAGCUCAAAACUUCCUCGAUGAAGGAGAGGACCCCCCGAGUGGGCCUCUGGGGGCCCUAAACCCUUCUUACAGAGAAGAAAGCAGUUCAAAAGACCCUCAGGACGGGGCCUCGUGGGCUGCGGCCGCUGCACUGGGGGGGGCCCCCCGGGGGCCCCCCCAGUGGGGCCCCCAGGGCAGCAGCCAAACUUCGCCUCUUGCCUUUCCAGUCCCUAAGCCUAAGCAGAAGCCUCCCCAGGACAGCCCUGCAGCAGCAGCCUCCCCAGCAGCAGCAGCAGCAACAGCAGCACCAGCAGCAGCGAAGCCGGGAGAACACGCAGAGGCACCUGCUGCAGCUGCAGCAGCAUCCCCUGCCUCCCCAGCAGCAGCAGCAGCAGCAGCAGCAGUGGGGCCAGAUGGGGUGCCGGUGGUGAAGUACGGGCCUCUCUUUGACUUCUCCGAAUCUGCAAAGGAUGACUGGGUGGCAGUGAGGAAUCUGCCAAAAGCCAAGAAGAAUCAAGAAAGGGGGCCCUCCGAGGGGGCCCCCGGGGGCCCCGAGGGCCCGGGGGGGAGCAGCAGUAGCAGCAGCAGCAGCAGCAGCAUAGACGAGGAGCGCAGCCGCAGAUUGGCUCUGCUGCAGGCCCUGCCGAAGCCCCAGAGGUCCCUCGUGGGGUGUUUGGGUGCAGCAGGAUUUGGCAGGGGAGUUGAUUUGCUGCUGGGGUCCAAAGAGGAAGCUGCCCCAGCAGCAGCAGCAGCAGCAGCAGCAGGUGCAGCAGACGCAACAGAGGCGGAAGGAACUGCGGGAGAUGCUGCUCUGCAGAUGAUGCCCCGCGUGCUGCAGCAGAAGCAGCAGAAGCAGCAGAAGCAGCAAGUGAAAAAGGAGGAAGACAGCUCCAAAGAGACCCCCUCUCAACAAGCAGCAGCAGCAGCUGCAGCAACAAAAGAGGAAACGGAGCAGCAACCUGCUGCCGCUGCAGCUAAGCCUCCAGGGGCAGCAGAAGGCGCAGCAGCAGCAGCAAGUGAUAAGUUCUUGACUUCCAUGUUUACACUUUACGAUUCGGACGAAGAAGAAGAAACAAAAGCAGCAGAAACAACUGCCAGCAGCAGCAGCAGUAGCAGCAGCAGUAGCACCAGCAGUAGCAGCAGCAGCAGCAGCACUGGAGAGGCAAGAAGUAGCUCUGGAUCAUCGUGGGCACCGAAGGCAGCAACGGCAGAAGCAACAGCUGAAGCAGCAGCAGCAGCAGCCGCAGAUGAGGCAGCCGCAGAACGGGCAGCAGCAGAAGCAGCAGCAGCAGAAGAAGCAGCAGCAGCAGCAAGUCGGUAUUGGGAAUACAGGGAGGAGGAUGCUGCUGUAGAAGAGUUAGGCAUAGAGAAGACGUUGCUUGAAAAGUCGGGGAUUUCGACGGCAGAGCUGCGUGACUUGCGGCGCAUGGGCGCCACUUCGGUGUUAGGUGCUACUCUGCAGAACCCCGACUGGCACCUGACCGCGCAGGCAGGGCCCCAGAAAAAAGCAAAACUUCGUUUGGCCACAAAAGUGUGGAGUGCAAAAGAUAGGGCAAUUACGGAAACCCUAGAGCCCAAAGUCAUGCAGAAGAGGAAGCACCAGAUCAACUGGCUGGCUGCGGAGGCGCACGACAAGGAAAUGGAGCUGCUGGAACUGACGGCGAGGACUCGCCAGACGAAAUACCAAACGGCAAUGAAGUAUGGCUGGUGA